UGCACCCUAGGAUAUAGUGGUAAUGGUAACACAAGCUCGACUUCAAAACAGGUGUCUCCGGUAGACAAGAUCGCUAUUCACAGUAAAGAAUAUAUUGGUCCCUGUUUAAUCAGCGGAGGAAACCGUCGGAAAUGGAAAGUAGCUAUAGCUGUUAAUGGACAACCAGAACGGACUACGAACCUAGUCGACCCCUUUACCGAAGAGGAAUAUCAUAAAAAUAAUAACAGCAGACUACAACGGGGAAACCUCGAACUUGACCAAGAUGCCUUAGCUGUUGCCGAAAGAAAGAUUGUCGUAUCUCCGUUCAUGAAGAUCUCACCCAGAUCAGCGAAACGAGUGACUUCGCCAGCAUUCACUCCCUUCUUUGGGAGGUUCUCGAACAUCCUGAUUUUUGGCCAUGCAGUGAUCCCGGCAAGACACCGGUGAAGAGGGUUCGACUUAGUCGGACGUUGAACGUCCUAAACAAGGGUCUAGCCGCCACGGCUAUAGAUCGCCAAGCAUCCCGUCUCAUGACAACCCAGGCCGAAUACCGCGUACUUCUUGUAAUAGCUCGUUCUUUUAAGAAAAAUAUCGAUCAGAGAUAUGUUGAUUACCCAGCAAGCCUCAUACAAGGACCCUUACUCAACAUCGCCCGGCGAACGAAAGAGCGAGGGCUCACGCCUAAGCUACAUAUCGAUGUCGUGCGACCUGGAACUGUCGAUGAGCUUGACGAGUAUCUAAAACCUGGUUGCGACAAGCCAUACGACAUAGUACACUUCGAUUUGCAUGGGAAAAUCGGUCCCGUUAAACCUCCUGUCAGGUCAUGGGUCGGUGGACGCUCAAAGGCUUCGGCGCCCGGUGAGAAUACAGCUCCAGAGCUUCAAUCUUAUCUUCGUUUCGCAAGACCUUAUGACCCAAAACUAGCUAGUUUCGGUCGCAGAGACAACGCGAUCGAAAUGCUUCUCCACGAUGAUGCUUCUCUACACGACGUCCCCGUUAAAGAGAUCGCCGAGAAGCUCCAGAGAUGUAAUAUCUCAAAAGUAACACUGAACGCAUGCCUCUCUUCAUAUGCGCAAAGCCAGAUAUUUUUGAACAUGUGUCAUACCUUCAUCAGCUAUGGCAUAGCACACGUGUCAGCUAUGAGCUUUCAGAUCUUAGAGAGCACGGCCGAGGUAUACUAUACCGCAUUUUAUGAGUCCCUCAUCUUGCGGGGUGAAGAAUUCCACGUCGCUGCCGCAUCCGGCCGCGAGGCUCUUCGCGCCAAUAACAAUUCAUAUGGCCACGCCGUAUUGCCCACUAAUUACCACCGUUACCCGAGAAGCUUUAGCAACGAAUGGUGGCGAAUGCCUCAUGAGAAGUCCAGUCGAUUGCUUCUGUUGGUUCUAUGCUUGGCUCGAUAUGUCUCUAUAUCAAUUUUCUUUGCAUCUUGUAUAACAUACUUUUGGCUCAACUUACUAGCUAUAUCUAUUUUACUUCUCAUUGCAUCCGUUUUCGCGAUGAUGAUAUGGAUGUUAACAAAAUACUGGAUGGUAAAACUUACACCAGUGAUGGAACACACAUACGAGAAAUACAGCGAGAAUUCCACCUACAACCCAAAUUUCGAGAUCGAUAUAGAACAUCUAGUUAUCGAAGAUCGCCUCAAGUCCGAAGCCAACCAGGGCGCUUUAUAUGUAUGGAGCAGCCAAUAUUCCAAAGAACUCAGCGACUCUGUCCACGAUCUCGCGAAGACUUGGGUCUUGACCGGAUUCGUCGACAAGGUGGACAUUGUUUCCGCAAGCGUUUUCUCCUGGGCACUGACAAGUGUGUUUCCUUGCCGUUGGCUCCGCACCCGGCGAUAUAGGAGCAACAGAGUCGGUACAGUAGGACGAAGGCAGCUACUCAUCAUCAAAGACUUCGACCAUUUCUAUCCUAAACACGCAAAGGACGAGGACUUCGACGACCUCCAUGUUGCUCUUCACCGCAUGGUGUCCUUCAUCGAGGGUUACGACCGCGACGAUACUUAUUUACUGAUUACCGGUUCGUACGAUGAAGAAUGGUGGAUCGACGGAAACCGGUAUAACGAUGAAAGGAUUAUAAAUACCAUUGUUAGGGCGGUGCCUCAUAAUCAUAAUACUACACCGCCGUCACCGCUGCCACAGCAGAAAAAGGGCAAAUCGCAGUGGGGUCUCAAAGGUAUAAGAAGGCGUUUGUCAAGGCUUUGGAAUGAGAUUAUUUAGCCAUUUUGAUCUUGGUGUAGGGGGUGUCGUGUAUAUUCCCUGGCAAUUACUUAAGCUUUACGAUACCCCCUGAGUGUGGCUUUGCUCUCACUAUUUCUAAACUUCUAUUAAAUUCAAAUUCUGAUCAUAUAAGAUAUCGUUCUACUUAUGAGAGUGUCCUUAGUAU